GGGUCUCGUGCGCCGUCUGCUGGUGCGUUUCAAAACCGGAAGUAAAAGAGUGAGGUCAUCAUGGGGAGCAAAGUCAGCUCCAAAAUGGCAGCGCCUGCAGCCAGGGUGAUUCAGGCUGUUCGGCCACACACUCCUCUUAUCAAGUUUCCCAACCGGCUCAACGUCCCACAGCCCAACGCCCAAGAGGCAUUGAAAACUUUAGCUGUUAACGUUCCACAACACAACACCCCCAGUUCUCCUUUAGUGACAUCACCGCCUCCAGUAUCAAGACCUUCAGUACCGUUAACCCCAGUCCCUGGGAUACCAGAUACCUUGGCUUCUAUUCAGCAGCUCCCCGCAAGGUACCGCAGGAGACCGUUGACAGUGGACGAGAUCGAGUUUAUCCAGCGUGGUGGACCAGAGUGACGCAGUGUACUGACAGCCAAAGCUUUUACCUGUGGAGAUUGUAAUGAGUCUUCAAUUCUGUUCUUCAACACAAAACCUCAUAAUCUCACAUGUAAUAUUGUCUAGAAUAAAGUUGUACAUGAAUCCUUUUGAAAUAUACAUUUUUUAUGAGUAAUUAUUAAGGUGUAUAUCCACUGCUUCCUCUCGUGUGAGAUGCAGCGAAAACAUGUCUUUAAUGUCACUCUUGCCAAGCAUAAGAACAGGAUGUUUUUUUGUUUAAAGCUGUAGGAUCUUAUGCCAGCCACUUAACCAUACCCAUUGUUUUGAAAUGGAGCUGCAGGAAUGCUUUGUCACAUUAAGAACAGUGAAUGUUUCAUGUGAAUUGCUUCGUUUAAAUUGAAGACUAUUUUGCUGCAUUG